AUGGAAGACCCCAAAACAGAGAAAAUUGAUACUCCACGCAUCGAUGAGACCUCGAACGAGGCCGACAAUGAGUUUUAUGUGGAUCCAGUUAAGGAAGUGAAGCUUCUGGCGAAACUGGAUCUUGCAUUUACUCCCAUCAUCAUGUUGGUGUACCUCUCCUGCUUCUUGGAUCGUAGCAAUAUCGGCAACGUUAAAGUAGCUGGUAUGCUAAAGGACAUUCAUGCCACAGAUCAACAAUUCUCAACUGCCGUCUCCAUCUUCUACGCCACAUACGUGACAUUCGAGACUCCAGCCGCGGUUUUGAUGAAGAAACUCACGCCGCGUGUGAUAUUAGCGGCUCUGUGUUGUGUCUGGUCACUCACUACCAUCUUCACUAGUUUUGUCCAAAACAUUGGUGGACUAUAUGCUACGAGAUUGAUCCUGGGGGCUUGCGAAGCAGGUCUCUUUCCAUGCUUGAAUCUGUAUUUGACCAUGGUAUAUCGAAGGGAAGAACAGGCGAAGCGUGUAGCAUAUCUAUUUAGUUGUUCGGCGCUAUCGGGGGCAUUCGGUGGUUUGCUUGCUUAUGCUCUUCUUCAAAUGGAUGGGAUUUCCGGGGUGGCUGGUUGGAGAUGGGUCUACAUAAUUGAAGGAAUAUUCAGUAUACUAAUUGCUAUUGCGGUCUGGUUUGGGUUGCCUACCGAUCCAACCCAAGCUUGGUUCCUCAAUACUGAAGAGAGGGAAAUGAUGAGAUGCCGAAACUCCCAGAGAAGACAAUACCUUGGGUCUGAGAAAUUUGACUGGGCUGAAGUACGCAUUGCUCUCACAGAUCCAAAGUUAUACAUGAGUGGUCUUAUCCAAUUCAUGCAAGAUAUCCUCCUCUAUGGCUUUAGUACGUUCUUGCCAUCGAUCUUGAAAGCGAUGAAAUACGACACUCUCCAAAGCAAUUAUCUGACAAUCCCUGUAUACCUAUGGGGAGCCAUUUCAUUUCUGUGUAUAGCUUGGAUUUCAGAUAGAUAUCAGAUUCGAGGUCCCCUUGUGAUUUUCGCCAAUGUUUUCGGUAUCAUUGGUUACAUCCUGCUACUUACCGUGAAACAAAACGGAGUGAAAUACUUCGCCACCUAUCUGUGCGCUAUCGCCGUCUACGUCGGUCCAGGAAUAAACCGCAAGUCCCUCCUGACCUGGCUCAACGUAAACAUCGCCCCGCAUUACCGCCGCGCCACCGCAAUCGGUUUCCAACAGACCAUGGGCAACACGGCUGGAAUUGUAGCAGGCCAGAUUUACCGCACUGCGCCGUACAAGCUGGGGAAUAGCUUCUCGUUGGGCGCGCUGUGUCUUUCGCAGGUUUUGAUUGCCGGGAAAGUGAUUUAUGUGAGGAGGCAAAAUAAGCUGAAGGAUGAAAUUGGUAGUGGGAAGAGGGAGGAUACCAGGAAGGUCAGCACGGGGGAUAGGGAGUUGGAUUUCAAGUAUCAUAUAUGA